GCCACCAAAACAAGACAGGAGUGGUUUCUCAAAAAGAUUUUGCCUAAUCAAAUCUUUUAUUUAUAUAUAUUAUAUUAUAUAUACUUUUUUUUAUUAAGAAGCUAGGUGUCUGUCACUUAAAUUUUUUUUUCAAUAUUAUAUACAGGAAAAUAGUGGCUUGAGAAUGAGACUGAAUGUUGCCAUCUUCUUUGGGGCUCUUUUUGGCGCUUUGGGGGUUUUACUCUUUUUGGUGGCCUUUGGAUCGGACUAUUGGCUUCUUGCAACUGAAGUGGGACGGUGUUCAGGUGAACAGAAUAUAGAGAAUAUAACUUUCCAUCAUGAAGGAUUCUUCUGGAGAUGCUGGUUUCAUGGGAUUGUGGAAGAAAAUAAUUCUAAUAUCUGGAAGUUCUGGUACACCAAUCAGCCUCAAACAAAGAACUGUACCCAUGCUUACCUGUCUCCAUAUCCUUUCAUGAGAGGAGAACACAAUUCUACCUCCUAUGACUCUGCACUCAUCUACAGAGGCUUUUGGGCAGCCUUCAUGCUUCUGGGAGUGGUUGCCGUGCUGACUGCAAGCUUCUUCAUCAUUUGCGCCGCGCCUUUUGCCAGCCAUUUUCUCUACAAAGCUGGCGGAGGCUCCUAUAUUGCUGCAGGCAUCCUGUUCUCCCUGGUGGUGAUGCUGUAUGUUAUCUGGGUCCAGGCAGUGGCAGACCUGGAAAGCUACAAAAACAUGAAAAUGAAAGACUGCGUGGAUUUCACUCCUUCUGUUCUAUAUGGCUGGUCAUUUUUCCUGGCUCCGGCAGGGAUAUUUUUCUCUUUGUUAGCCGGUUUACUAUUUCUAGUUGUUGGGAGACAUAUUCAGAUACAUCACUAAUCUGCCUGUUGCCAUUAUAUUUUCUUGAGUGGUUUUAAAAAUGGAACAUACACUUUCAUUUUGUUUUGUGAUGCCAGCAUAGAACUAGCUUAUAUAUCUAUUUGAAUUUGCCAUUUUACUUGUGAUUUUCUCUAACAAAAUGAUCCUAGCACUGAUCUAGACAUCAACAUGUUUCCAUCUUAUCCGAGUGCUAUGUAGAUCCUUGUUCUUUGGGACGAAAAUAGAAUGGACCUCCCUUUCAUUGAAACUCAAUUUAAAAAUUCAUGAAAAUUGUGAAAGCAUAGUAAUAACUUAAUACUAUGACCUGGCUGAAAUCAAGAUUUUAUUUAAACCCACCUUCUUGGCAUUCGUUUCCGCUGUUAUUUAAAAAAAAUCUUUGGGAAAUAAUUAGGGAUGGAAAAUAAAUAUUAUAGUAGAAUUUACUCCACAGUUAUUCAUAUCCAUACCCACAUUUACUAAGUCCUCUAAACUAGCUAUUAUUUAAAAAUAGAGAGCAAUUGUUCCUAUAGCGGGAGUCACACAAACUUGUUAGUUAAAAUAGGCCACAACAAAACCAAGAACAUUUGCUUAUUUAUUCCACUUACCAAGAGUGGUUUGGUUACUUAAUUUUAUUUACUCAUUUGCAUCUGCUUACGUAUAUUUGGAAGUAGCAAAUAUGAACACCAAACUACAUAUAUUGCAGAUUGAAUUUUUAUGAACUAAGAGUGAGUUAGUUGUAUAUGGGGUAUGUUGAAAAUAUGUAAAAAGAGCACCUUAGUUUAGUACAUAAUUCUAUUUGAUAUUAAAAAUUGCCAUUUAAAACUUAUGCUGUUAAUAUGUCCAGUAUGUGAACAUUUAUUGAUGAAAUGUGCUUUUAAUAGGUCCUAGCUACAAACUUUCAAAAUACUUCCAUAUGAGGAUGAUAAUAGCCUUGUUUUAUUCAAAUCUAUGAAAUAUUAACUUUUCCAAGAUUUUAUGGGUUGCAGUUCUUCUGAUCAUUUGACUCCAUUCAUUAUUGUCCCUUGAUUUCUUCAUCUUUACAACAGGUAUAUCAACAUUUAUAGGUCUGCUGUUUCAUCCUCCAGGAAGAAAAGAUUUUGCUGAGUAGCAGGGAGAAUUCUUUAUUAUUUUCUAGUACAGAUAUUUUACAUAUCAAAGAUGUUGUUUGGCAAUAAUUUUGAUUGAAAUCAAAUCCAUCUGAGAAGUCUUGAGUCUAUUUGCAUUUUGGAAGCCUUUGGCAUGGGGGGGAGUUUGGUGUGAAAGAAAAACAGAGAAACAGCAUGGUUUGCUAGCUUUGUUCCGGGAGCUGCAUUUUGCUCCCCAGCUGUUGUGAACGGUGAAGGCACAACUCAGAGGCGAACAAACAGUGACCACCUACAAGAAGUGGAGAGGGAGACCAGACCAUUGUCCAUGUAGCUGUUCCCAUGACGGAGGGAGAAACUAUUUGGGUCUUCUUGCAUUGCCUCCUACCUUUUAAACCUCACUUCAGUGAGAGGCAGCUCUUAAGGAACAGCAAAGGUCUGGCGUACUUGCAGAACCUUGAGGACAGUUGAUGCUUAGUGGCAGGACUUUAAUAAACUAUAAUAACAACAAUGCUUCAGGGGUUAGCUGAAAUGACCUCAAGUCAUUUCAAUGAUAUCAUUGAUAAUUUUGUGACUGAUACUUUUCGUUUUAUUCUGUUUCCCUUUCUCUCUGUUUUUUUUUUUUAUAUUGCUUCAUUUAUUUCCUUGCUUUUGGCUUGAUUAUUAAACAUAAUGAUGGGUUCUGUUAUGCAUAUUGACUGUGAUAUUAAGUUAUGGCAUGCCAUUAAGUUUUCCAGACGAUGUUACAUGUAUUUGAUUAGCUCAUGUCAUCUGUAAAUACAAUUCCUUUUUGUAGAACGUUGGAAUGGAGCCUUUUUCUGGUGUAUUAUAUGUCAUUUAAAUUUCACAUUCAAGCUGCUUUUAGUAAAGAUUUGAAUAUUUAUAAAUUUCAGAUGGUUAUCUUUACUUCCUAAUACAUUUAUGCAGCUAUCAUAUACUUAUUGUAAGGCAAUUAGCUGAAUGUCUGAUUGUGCGACACUUUUACAC